CCAUUAUGCCUUGUAUUUGUUCUAAGCGGUAAAAUAAAAAAUCAUAGAGUUGCCAGCUUCUGGGCUACCAGCUAGCGAGGUUCAGAGAAAGAAAGAAAGGAUUCUUUUAUUAUCAUGUCAUAUCUAAAGAAGUCCCUUAGGCAAGCCAACACCCUUUACUCGAGAUUAUCCAUAUGCCAUUCAAAAAGAUAUGCAUCAGAUGGAAGAGAACGUAGAAUGGGGAAACCCAUGUUGGAACCAGAAUACAUGAGGAGCUUCCCUGAUGAUGGAAAGUCGCCAUUUGUAAACUUCAACAGAUUUAUGAACCUGUUUGAGAUUGACUAUUCAUUAAAUAGCAUGAGACACUACCUCCGACAUUCAAUUUAUAGACAUGAAGUAAUUGCACAAAGCUUGGAUACAGAAAAGUUGGGGAGGCUUGGUGCUGACUUGACAGCAGCUCAUACAGUUGUAAGACUACAGGGACGGGUACAAUUUGCUGGUUUUGACAAAUGGAUUGAAGCAAAAGGAGAUCGUAUGCCAUUACCGAACUACAAAGUGGAUAACCUUUACUUACAAGUAGCAGAUUUCACAGGAACCAAAGUUUUAUAUGAAGGACUAGAAUGUCUUGAAGGAACCUCGUUAAAAAUGCUGAUUUUAAAGGACUGCAAGAAUAUUGAUGACUUCUGUCUCUCCAGAUUGUAUGUGCUCAGUGACACACUCGAAUUCUUAGAUAUUAGCGGUUGUUCACUGGUGACAGACAAUGGCCUAGGGGCAUUACAGAAAUUAAAAAAUCUGAAAUAUUUACGCAUCAAUGAUUUACCUAAUGCUGGGAACAAGUCGUUGGUGAGCUUACUUCUUCAGGAAGAUAACCCUGAUCUGACAGUUUUAGGGGUGGAUCUAGAGGCACUUGACCACAUGACUGAAAAUUCACAAGCACCAGAAAAUAUAGUCCAGGAUAGUUUGUCCACAAAACAGAGUUCAUCAGACCAGUCUCAGAAGCAGGCAGACUCAGAAAAGACUUGAAGAACCUUCUCAGAAUGUUCCUGCCAUCACAGUCAUAUGACAGGGUUGCUGUUGAUUGUGUUACUGCUUUAAGGGACUGCAGGCAGUUGUUAGUGUCCAGAAAUAUCAGUGAUAUCUUUCUACUAAGGGUGCUUCAUGAGAAAUUUCUGAUGUCCUGUUUACAUUGGUUAUUAUGAUACACAACAUUGAUUGUAUGUGACAGAGAGAAACAUUAACCAUUUGUGCACCUGAUAAUAUAUGUUACUUCUCGUGAAACAGCAUAUGCUUAUUUGUUGCACUGCUUGAACAAUAUCAUGAUCAAGUAUUCACAUCUAGUACUUAAUUAAACCAUCCCAGGGGGAUAGAAAGUCAUAUGGCCAUUAAAAGUCUGAAAUAUUAUGAAAGGCACUAUAUAUUUAGUGACUCUUAAUGUCUCAGGGAUGUUAGGAGGAAUAUGCCUAGUGUAUUAGUUAUCAUGGCCAAUAAGAAGCUAAAGCCAACAUAUACUCUCUGUAAAGGCCCCAAUCAAAUUCCGAUUGAUAUGCUUGUAUAAAUAUAUUUGUAUAAAUAAAUAUUUAUGUUUUUGGUG